AUGCAGCUUCUUGUGCUCCUGUUGUCAUUCUUUCUGCACCCCAGGAUAAGGGCAGAGGAGAUCAUCGGGGGACAUGAAGCCAAACCACACUCCCACCCCUAUAUGGCUUACCUUGAGUUCUGGUAUAAAAAAUUUGUAAGGCACUGUGGGGGCUUCCUGAUACAUGAGAAGUUUGUGCUGACAGCUGCUCACUGUUUGAAAAGCCCUGGGUACUCACAACUUCUAGAUACAAUAAUCCUCCUAGGGGCCCACAAUAUCAAGAAACAGGAGAAGACUCAGCAGCUCAUACGUGUGAAAAGACACAUCCCACAUCCACAAUACAAUCCAUGGAAAGUCACCAAUGACAUCAUGCUGCUGCAGCUGGAGGAAAAGGCACACCUGACUAGAGAGGUACAGCUUCUCAGGCUGCCAAAAGGCAAGUCUGAGGUGAAACCAGGUGCUGUGUGCCAGGUAGCUGGAUGGGGACGGCUGGCCAAAGGGAGACAUACAGACACACUGCAGGAAGUGGAGAUGACAGUUCAAAAGGAUGAGGAAUGUGAGACCCGCUUUCGUUAUUACAAUGCUGCUACAGAGGUGUGUGUUGGAGACCCAAAGAUUAAAAAAGACUCCUCUAAGGGUGACUCUGGAGGUCCUCUUGUGUGUAAUAAAGUGGCCCAGGGCAUUGUCUCCUAUGGAAGAGUAAAUGGGAGAGCUCCAGGUAUCUAUACCAAACUGUCAUCCUAUCUGGACUGGAUAAAUAAAACCAUACAACCUGGUGUGGUGGACUACUCUUGUAAUCCCAUCACCCAGGAGGAGCACUGA